AUGGCAUCUAUAAAUCCUGGAGUUACUUUUACAAACGAAAAACACAAGGUGGAUUGUCACUUAAAGUAUUUAAACGAGGUAAGACAUCAGUUUUGUUCAUUUUGGUUGUUUAGAUGCUGGAAUCGUUGGAUAAAGAGAUUGACUUCUAUAAAAAUACACUGAAUGAAUACAACGACAUAGCGCAGAACGUUUCUGAACAUGUAAAAUCGUUGAAGGUCAAAAUAAAUGUAAGUUUGAAAGAAAAUAACUUAAGGAUGGCAUUGUGAUAGGGUUUUCAUGACGAGUGCUUGUCUUAUGGUCAAAAUGGAAGAAAGUAAACUUUUUUUGAUGUAAAAAUGUUUUCUCUAAAGUUUGUUUUACUGUUUAAAAGCAAAAAUAAAUAAAUAAAAAACCUACAUUGAUAAUGAUUUUUAAAAACCUUGAUUUUUUGGCCGCAACUUCAUUAUAAGUUCAUUCCAUAAGCAUGUGGUUAAACUAAUGUUUCACCAUACAUUUUCAUUAUUUUGUGUAAUUUGUUUUCUAUUUCGAUAACUUUGUGUUGUUUGUAGAUUCCUCUGGGCAAAAAGGCAUUUAUUCCGUGUUAUUUGACUAGCACGAACGAAUACACUGUUAUGGUAGGGGAUAAACACUUUGUGAGGAAAAGUGCAUAUGAUACUGGCGAGUUUAUAAGCAGACGAAAACAACCUAUACAGGAGCGAGUAUUGUUGUUUGAGAAACAGAAAGCCGAGGUGGAGGAGAAGAUAAAGAUGACGGAGGAGCUGUUUUUUGGGGUAGGUUCGGUUUUUGAUUUAUAAAGCUUAUCUUUAUAUAUUAGAAGAAAGACCUAGUUAUGUGGAGUUUCUAUGGCUUCAUGUAUAAUAUCAUAUUAUACAUCAUUGGUUACAACAUAAAACUUUUUAAUGGAAAUCUAUAGAAAUGGUAAUCUUAACAUUUCGAUAAGGACUAUCAAUUAUAAACUUUUUAGCCAAAACUAUGUAUCCUUUAGAUACUUUCUAUAAUAGCCUUAUAUUGUUACUUUUUUCAGCUGAAAGGCGAUGAAGUGGAAAUAAUCGAACCGUACGAUGAAAAACAACCAAAAUCAUGUGAGUAUCAUAAUUUGACAAACGUUUUAAUUAUUUAUAAAUUUAUUGUUUUUCCAAUUUUUCAGAUGCGUCGAAACGUAGAGAACAAAACAAAAAGGUUGAGGACAAGGAAUUUGUUGUAAGUUUUUACUGUGGCGGUCGGAAAUUUCCUAGAAACGAAACAUUUCUAGAUUACCACAUUCAGGCUUUAUUUAUGUUAAAUUAAAUAAUUUAUAUUUCCUAGACCAGGAGGAUGUGAUAAUAUAUGCAUUUUUCAGGACCUAAUGAGUAGAUUAGAUGAAUUAGAGAAAGAAGAAGAUGCAAAGGAUGAGAUAAACAAAGUGCUAGUUGAACCAGUUGUUACGAAAAUUCCAAAAGAAGAAAGCGAUUCAGAGGAAGAAGUUGAAAAAGUUGAAGAGUUUGAUACGGUAGCCUACGAUAACCAGGAAUAUACAGAAGGCAGCUUUGUAGGUGAAGAGUUUGAAGAAGAUGACAAUAAGACAUUAGAACCACCUAAAGGGGUACCGAAAGCUGAUUUCGACAAACUGUUGCGGUAUUUGGACAAAAUGGAUUUGGAAGAUAACGAUGAAGAAGAAACGGAUUCAGAUGAGUUGAGUGAUGUAGAUGAGAAAGGUGAAGAUGAGAAUAGUGAUGACGGAGAGUUCUUGAAAAAUGUGGAAGAGAAAGGUAAUUUUCAUUGAAUGUGGGAUGCUUUAAUAUGUUUAAAUUUUUUAAUUUUACUACUUUGAAAGCUAUAAUGUUAAGUCAUUUCAUCUAUUUUCAGAAACGCCCAAAAUUGUGGAAAUUACCGAAGAAUCUUCUAACGAGCCUGUAAAGCAAAAUCACAGCAUAGAGAAACAAGUAGUUGUUAACGAUGAAAAAGAGAACUGUUUAAUCAAAACACAACCAGAUCUAUCUACUUCAUCAUCAAUGAAGAAAGGUGUCAGAUUUAAUUCAGAAGAACUUGGCCCAACUGGAGGACAAUUAGAGGAUCAGAACGUUACAGGAGAAGAUCAGAACGUCAAGUCAAUAUUGAGGAAUCGAGACGAGAAACCCCGAGUUGACCGACAGUAUGCACAAUGGAUGGACAGAAGGUUCGAGAAAAAGAUUGAACCUGGAUCUAAGAAUGUUUUGAAAGGAGGAAUCGUCGAGAAGGAUCCGUUGUUAACAUUGGACAGAACUUCAAGCAGGACAACGGCAUCAUCCGCCAAUGGAAGUCAACAAAAAAUGUCUAAAUUUAAACAAAAUAGAUUAAAUAAAAAACAUUAA